AUGUUAACGAACAAUAAAUCCCAGCAACACACUCCGCAGUGGGUCUCUUUAGUGGCAGGAGGUGUGGCAGGGGGCGUGGAAGCAGCAGUGACGUAUCCCUUCGAAUAUUCCAAGACCCGCGUCCAGCUUCUACAACAAGGCACGGCGGUUGCUCCGUCGAAUCCCUUACGACUCAUCCUCCAGGUCGCUCGACAGGAUGGGAUAGGAGCGCUCUAUAUCGGAUGCUCCACGCUUAUCAUUGGAACAACCGCCAAGGCAGCAGUGCGCUUCUUAUCAUACGACACCAUUCGUAAUUCCUUGGCUGAUGAUCGAGGCACGUUGUCUGCCGGACGGGGCAUCCUGGCCGGAAUGGUCGCUGGGGCCGUAGAGAGCGUACUGGCGGUCACACCAACAGAAAGAGUCAAAACCGCAUUAAUCGAUGAUGCCAAAGGUGCUCGACGGUUCAGGUCCAGCAGGCACGCAGUGGCCGUGUUGAUCCAAGACCACGGCCCCCGCGAGCUGUAUCGUGGCCUCGUGUCUACCACCAUCAAGCAAUCCGCGACGUCUGCAGUACGGAUGGGGUCAUAUAAUAUCCUCAAGGAAGUUACCAAAUCCCAAGGGAUUGUGCCGAGCGUGUUCACAAACUUUAGCAUGGGGGCACUGGCAGGGGUCGUGACAGUCUAUGCCACUCAACCAUUUGACACGAUCAAGACUCGAGCCCAGGGAGUUCAGGGAGCGAGCAUUGCAGAGGCCGCCCGGAGUGUAGUUCGAGACUAUGGAGUCCAAGGCUUCUGGAAAGGCAGCACCAUGCGAUUAGGGCGGCUGCUGUUGAGUGGCGGCAUUGUAUUCUCAGUAUAUGAGGAGAUGGCUGCUCUAAUUUUGCCUCAAAUGGCCAAGUAG